GCAUCUAUGAGAAAGAAAUCUGGUGGUGGUGGUUCGUUGGAAUCUUCAUUUUACACUUUCCGAUUGCUGCUGCUGCCUACCAACACCUCCCUCCUCUGCUCUCUACUCUUCAGCCAGCACUGGAUGAUUACCAAAUUAUAUUGACGUUUUAUUUAGAUAAGAUUUAUUUUUAGGUCUGAACACAAGAUUUGUAAAUCAAAUAUCUAUGUUUCUCUCCAGCUCCUCUUGGUUUUGUAUUAAUAAUGUGGUGUGAAACACCCAGUCUGACCAGUUUUCAGUCAGGAUAGUUCACUCAUGUUGGAGGUGGGACACUGGGGGAGCAGUAGAUGUUCAAAGUUUGACUUUUUGUGUAUUUUUUUUUCCAUCAAUAGCAUCUUCCUUAAGUCUACUGUAUGGACUCCGUCCCUCCCAGUCUGCACGGUAAGAUGAGCCAACUCUUUUGAAUGAGUGACUGUUUGAAGGUUUGAAACAAAGCAGCAGCUGAUCUUCAAUGCCAAUAACCAAAAGCUUCGAAAGAGCCAUGCCAGUGUUUUUGGAUGUUUUACCACAGGUACCUCUAAUUACAUACAGUAUAUUUCUGUUUAGGUAUUUAGGUGCACAAGUCAAAAUGAUAAAUCCUACCUGUAUGGAGGUUGGAAUUUUUAGUUUGUUUCUCUUUUUGAAGGAUGUCUAUUCAGCUUUAUGUUCAUUGUGAUGGAUGUAUGUUGUGAUGUUGUUGUAUUGUGUGAUAGUGAGAAGUGUUUCUAAUAUUUCGAUCACUCUAUUGGUAUCACAACGGUAUAAAGGAACUGUUUGGCUGUGAGGGAAAUUCUGUUAGCGAGUUGUCUGACUUGGACUGGUCUACAGAGCAAGUCAAGCUUAGGUUUGCUGAUACAGAGGUCACCUCUGACUCAGCUGCACUCAUUUUAUAUCAAGAGGGUAGCCACCCUGGCCUCAGCUUACAGCUGUUUCCACUAUAACAGUCAGUAAUGCCUAAUGACAAAGAGAAGGAAACAUGACUUGAUCUGUGGUUUGAACUGAGGAAAGAGACGGGACAGAGGUGAGAGACCAUUAUUUUCCUAUAAUUGCUUCAAUUGUGACUGCGUUUGUUGCUAAAAUGUCAGUGGGAGUUUUAUUCUAAUAAUUAAACUGCACUCAGCUGCACUCAGUAUGAACAUGUCUGUGAAGCUCUUCACAGAACAAUUUGACCAAGGGAAGGGGAGACUACAGAUGUAGGCAUGGCAAGCAUGGCUUCCUUGACAGUUGAAGCAGAUCAGAUCUCAGAGCUGCUGAAGCCUCACAGGGUCUGCCUGGUGACCCCUGUUUUCCUGAACCACUCCAGUCAGCCAUGUGGGAGAUCAGCCAACAGGUUUGUGGUACUGAGUCUAUGGAGAUGUUACUUGGUUAUAAACAAACAGCCUCUCAGGGUGGAGAGCACUUUCAGCUACCUAGAGAUUUGCUCUAUCAACGUUCACAGCCUCACACAGAUUGUUUUGGAGACAGACAGGCAGACUCUGUCUUUCAGUGUAUUACAUGUGGAGGAUCUUGAGGCCAUGGUCAGUCACAUGACUGCCUCACUGAAGAGGAUCUUCCCUGACUCAUCACCAGGGAAGCUGUUAAAGAUGGUUUCUCCAGAUCUCCAGCAGAGACUCCUCACACGGACUGCUGUGAUAGAAGAGCAGCUCAACAAUCAGCCUGGCCCCUGUGGAGGAUUCUCUGAUACCUACGCUGCUCUGUGUGAUUUCAAUGAGAUGCCAUUUAGAGAGGAGAUCCAGUGGGAUGUUGACAACAUCUACAACGUCAACAGCUGGAGACAGUUCAACCUGCAGGACUUCAGCCACUUAGACAGCAGGGAUUUGGCAUUAGCAGUAGCAGCUCUGUCUUUCAACCAGUGGUUUACCAAGAUCUACUGCAAAGAUCUCAAACUGUCAGUAGACAUCCAGCAGCAGCUGACCUUCCUGCUGUCCAGAUCUCCCAGUUUGGAGGAGCUCUCAUUGGAGGCCAGCGGACUCAAACUGGACUUUGCAAUUAAAUUGGCAGCUGCCCUGCAGGAGCACAACUCCUCUACCCUGCAAUCAAUCAACCUUUCAGGAAAUACAAUUGAAGAUAAAGGUGUGAUAGCUCUCAGUCAGGAGUUGGGGAGUCUAGCUAAAGGACUUAAGCAUCUGUCUCUGUCCCGGGUAUCAAUGACUGCUAGAGGUCUUGGCUGUCUGAGUCAGGUGUUAUCCUCCAUUCAGCUGUUUUCAUCAUCUUUGACCCACCUCAACCUGUCUGGUAACCCCAGCAGCCUGGUUACUGAAGAGGCCACGUUUCUCUUCAAGUUCUUGUCCAGUACAAACUCACUUACUCAUUUGGACCUCAGUGACACUAACUGCCCUCUGGACACGCUGUUUGUGUCCCUGUCUGCUGGGUGUUGUUACAAAAUGAAGUACCUGAACCUGGCCAAAAAUCCCUUCAGCCACAGAAAGGUGCGGGAGGUGACCAGGAGCAUCGGAGAGUUCUUCAGUCAGAGCUGUGAGCUGAAAUAUGUGGGCCUAUCUGCAACCAAACUACCUUCACAAGCUCUAAGGUUAUUACUUCAGGGUCUGGCAACCAACACUCGUCUCUUUGGGCUAGAGUUGGACCUCAGUAGCUGUGAGCUACGUUCAGCAGGAGCCCAGGUGUUACAAGAGCACAUCUCUGAAGCUACAGCUAUCACAAGUCUGGAUAUAUCCGACAAUGGUUUUGAGAAUGACAUGGUGACACUGGUUCUGUCCGUUGGUCGAUGUCACUCUCUUCGACAUCUCGCAUUGGGGAGAAACUUUGCCAUGAAGUCAAGAGCUCUCACUGACGUUCUUCAUCGUAUAGCUCAACUCAUUCAGGACGAAGAAUGUCCCUUGCAGUCUCUGUCGAUCUGUGACUCCAAGCUGAAGACAGGGAUGCACAUCCUGCUGAGCGCUCUGGGCGGCCAUGCUGCUCUGGCUGAAGUCGACAUCAGUGGAAACAACAUCGGAGACACUGGAGCCAAAAUGCUGGCCAAAGCCCUGAUAAGCAACACACGACUGACGACUCUGACAUGGGACAGAAACAAUGUAUCGGCCAGAGGUUUCCAAGAUGUGGCUGAUGCUUUGGAAAGGAACUUCACUCUGAAGCAGGUGCCACUCCCCCUGGCUGAUAUCACACAGAGUUACCGCAACAACCCUGACCGAACAAGAGAGGCCCUGCACAAGAUUCAGCAGUGUUUAGACAGAAACAACCAGAGACAGUCUGAUAGAGUGGAACUUCAGCAAGUGUUUAGAGCUCAACAAUCUGAGAAGCUGGUUCAGGGAAUGUGUCAGCAGCUGGAGGACAGCCUUCAGCGAUUAAACCACUGCAACACUGAGGAGGCCCAGGCUGACAUCCUGACAGCACAUGAGGAACUGCACAAUGCCAGGGAGUCCUUUAAGUUGCUUCCCUCUCUGUACGAGGCCAGCAGGGAGUGCGAUUCUGAUGGAGAAUCUGUGAACUGCAUCCUCACUGACACUGCUGCUGCACUGACUGAUGAGUUCAGCAGAAGCAUACAGGAGUUGUCUCAAGGCCUGAUGAGGUGUGCAGAAGCAGUGUGUCCACGGGUGAUCCAGCGGUCUAGUGUGUGCGAGUGUCUGUCAGAGUGUGUGUCCAAAAGAAGCAGACAGACACACACAUUCCUGAGAAGCACUCUGGUGGACAACACAGGGCAGAUUAUCAGCAACAGACUGCGUGAACUGAGACACACAUUGAGUGUCUCUCUGGCUGAAAGCAUCAUGGAACAGGUUCUACAGGACCUCACAACAGCGCAGCACAAAAUGGAUUGCCUUCUGAAAGAAAAUUCGUCCCUGGCUUUGAGAAACAACAUCCCAGAGCUCCAAGUAGCCGACAGCAACUUUCCAACUGAUGACUACAGUCCAGCAUUUUGGAGAAAUAGUUUCCACAGCAAGAGCCUGAGGCCUGCCCCUUCAAUUAAGAGUCUCCUGGAUGCCGACUGGGAGCAGCAGACCAGGGACAGAGGGCCAGAGAGAGGGAAGGGAGGAGGUGCUGGAGAGGAAGGAGGAGGAGGAGGAGAAGGAAGGUGUGGCCUCCCUUGGUUGCCUACAGCAACACCCUUGUCAGUCACAGCCUCAAGCCCCUCCCUUUCCCCUUCCCCUUCCCCUUCCCCAUACCCCUCCCCCCUGGGAUGGAGGGGGAGGAAGCAGAGGGAGGGGGAGGUGGCAGCGGUGGAUGCUGCAGCAGCAAUAUCAGGAGUGAGAGGAGCAUCGUACAUUCCUCCUCCCAGUCUCCCUCUUCUUUACUCUAUCUGCAAUCGAGCUCCAAAGGAGGAGGCUGCCGGCCAAGGAGGCUUACCCAGACGAGAGGCUCCCGUUCCUGGCUGCAGCCCCAGCCCAGGACCUCUCCCCAGCUCUGGAUCCCCCAAAUCUCCCAUGGAGCCUCUACCCACCCAGGGACAGAUUCUAAGGCACUACACUGCCUCCCGUCCACGGCCACGACGCACACACACACAGCCCCCGUCCUCCAGGCCUCAGGAGCCAGUUUCAAAGGUUGAAAAUGAGGCCAGUGAGGGAAUGGGCAGAGUGGAUGAAGGAGUAGAGGAGUUUUUCACCAAGAAAAUCAUCCCUGACUAUGCACUAAAAGGCCGAUGGGAGGAGUCAAACCCUGCCCAAGCCACUUCCCCAGAGUCAAGCUCCACACCCCAAGCCUCAUCCCUCUUUUCCCUUUCAUCCGACAAUAUCACUUCUUCUGCCACCAUCACGGUCACCUCCCUCUCUGUCCCAUCUACUGGCACAUCCUCGAUAUCCACUGGUAUACCACCCAUCUCUUCAUCUUCCACUCUUCCCGCCCCCUCUUCUGUCACCACCACCACCACCACCACCACAAUUCCCACCAAAAACAUCAAGAAAAAAUUUGGCGACUUCUUUGCCUUCAAGAGAGCUCGAGCCAACCGAGUCCCCAAGGCAGGAGGGGGAGAGAUAGGAGGAGAGGGGGUGAAGGUCAAAAGAACCUCCAUUGCAGACCUCAUUCGACCCCUCCGUGAGGCCAAAGAAAGGGAGAAAGAGAGGGAGAGGGACAAGGAGAGAGAGAAGGGGAGAGGGGCAAAGUCAGUGGAAGAAUUUAACAUUUCUAAUGAUGCCGCCACCACAGAAGGAUCCGUUGCCACCAGCCAUCAUCUUGCAGGCAAUGCAAGGGAAACGAUGGUGCCUGCCAAGACAUCAACCACGAUGACGCCUCCCAAUGAGACCAUUCCCUCUUACCCCACCAUCACUACAAGCCCUGACCUCACGACUGCUACGCUUUCCAACUUGGAAAAAGAGGCAGUCCCUGUCUUGCCAAGUCGCACCCCAAGUCCCGUGGUCACUUCCUCUCUGACCAACCAGGAGCGGAGUGAGGUGCUGGUGAAGGAGAUGAAGUUGGAAGAGACUCCAUAUGGAGAGAGGAGGCUGAUGGUGACCAAGAGGUCUCUGAGGGAGGGCAAGAGCCAGAGUCUCAUACUGCUGACAGGAUUAGAGCCUGAAGACAAGGAUGACACGCACAGUAAGAAACACGCAUCUGAGAGCACAAAUAGUUUCGAGCACAGGCUUCAGGUGAUGCUACAUAGAAUGGGUGUGGCCAAAACUCCACCUGCUGACACCAAGACAAGCCAGAAUAAAGAUGAGGAGCUGAGAAAAGCUAACUCUGAAGGUGAGCAGAAGCAUACGAGUGCUAUCCUGGACAAACCUGAACCACCUCCCACAUACAUAAAGCCCAGAACCAUGUCCACUUCCUCAGACCCUAGGCAUCCUUUGAGAGCACUGGAUCGCAUCCAGCCAGACCUUCCUCUUCCCCUUCACCCAAAGCCCUCUGUCUCUGAGCGCCCCAUUGGCAACCUUCCAGCCAAACCUGCCAUUGCCGCCAAGCCUCCUCUCCCCACCCCAGCUGCUCCUGCAGGAGGAGCACGUCCCUCCUCUGCUCCUCCUUCCAGCAGCUCAGCAGAGAGAGUCCAGCUCAGACUGCAAACUCAUGAUGGCAGGCCAGGGGAGACUACAGCACAGAAUAUAAACCAAGAGGGUCCUUGGGGUGCUGCCUCAGCUUCAUCCCCUCAGAAAGAAUUCCUUCCUCCAGUCCCAUCUCCUUGGAGGAGUCCCAGCACACCGGUGCGCUCUGAAAAAGCACAAUCAGUGACCGAUGAGAGUCUUCCCAAGCCACGGCAACACAUGAAGCCCCUUCCACAUCGCAGAGCUGUGUCUGUCCAUGAGGAUGCUCUAGCCAUGACACAAGAACUGAAGGCAGUGUUGCAGAGGUCACCCAUCCGUUUCCGGGGCAACAGAGGGGAUCUGCCCACCUGUGCUGAAGAUCCAUCUUGUGGGGAGGAAACACAAAAAGCUCAAACAGCCAGUGACACAAGGAAACAGACAUCUGAAGAAAAGAAGGAGGCUGUCCAGAAGGAGGAGCUAAAUGCAGAGAGUGAGAGGAUGGGCUGUGGCAGAAUGGUAGCUGAAACCAAGCACCCCUCACCAGGAGGGGAUGAAGAUCCAGGCUCCAGGUGUCCCUCUUCUACCACUCAGACUCAACAAGAGGUAUCAGCUCCCCAUGUCUUCAGUCUAGCUGCAGCCCUUGACAAAGUGCCCUCCAUCCUAGUAGAGAGGCCUCCAGCUCUAACCCAAACACUGGAAGAGCCCCCUGUAACACCCACAUCCCAAUUAAAGAGCCCCAGCAUUGCCCGAGCAUUGCCCAAAACUGUAGAAAAACUGCUGGUGUCCCCGUCACCUCAAGAAAAGAUCCCCAGCACAAUCCCAGCUGCAUCUGCACCCUCAGAAGAGCCACAAGUGAGUCCUGUGUCCCAUAAGGAGAGGGGCCCUGCCACAGUAUCUGCCACUGUGGAUCUGAGAAAUAGCACACAAGAGAGAGGAGAGGUGAUUUCUAAACAGCACACGAUGAAAGCAAAGCCAGCAGAUCAAAGAACUGAGCCCCCUCUGUCUGAAUGAUACAUACAGAUUGACUCACCUGAGGAAAACAGGCACAUGUGGGAGGGAGUGGAGGAUGGGGUCUGUGACAUCACUGAGACCAGGAAUUGGCUAUAAGAGACCUGAGAGAAGUGUGACUGUUGUCCCUUCCAGUAGAAAAACAGCUGCUGUGUACAGCUAACAUCUGUUCAGUUUGCAUAUUGGCUGUUUGUGGUGAAUAAAUGGAACAAGUGGUUCAGUGGUCAAAUUCAAAGGUGCACAGGAUAAGAAAGGUUUUAAAUCUUUCAUGAGAACUGAACAAACCUCUCUGCUGGUCAUAACCCUUUUAAGGGGAACAUCCUGAAAAUAUCAUUUUUUCCUAUAACAAAAUAAGAGUUCCCAAAUGCACCUGUUUUAUUUUAUUUUAGACUUCCAUCGUCUUUUCAAAUGUACCAAAUUACCCAAGCAGCAAAUGUACAGACGUUAGCUGUAGCUAGCUAGAAACAUACUGACUGUGUGUCUGUAGAGUUUGUCUGCGUUUGUUGACAGCUCGUCCUUGACUGAUAUCACAAAGUUACCAGCAUACCUGUUAUUUUGCUUCAGACUCAUUAUUGUGUCAUUUCCAUGCAUUUAUCAAACUGGAGUCAUAAAGCUGCAGGCUAGUGGGUCAUAUUUUGCUAAAGUUGAAACAUGUUUUAAUCAUUUAAUUCUUUGCCUCAAUUUGCACCACCCAGGGCAAAUUUGCAUCCACUUGCAUCUUUGCAGUGAGAAAUAUGCAACUGCGCUGCCUCUAAAAUCACUCUGCAUUCAUUCUGCUCACAUCUUCAAACUCAUGACCCAAUUUGCAUGGGACUAGUAUUAUGAAGAGUAUUACCACUAGUAUGUGCUGUAGAAAUUACCACUUCACAUUUGUGUUUCAUUUGGCACAUUCACAGGGGAUAAAAAAGUAUGUAUUUUACUCAUAUCUAUUGACAUUUUUCAUCUGGUUAUGAUGUCAUGUUGUGUUGUUGUGUUCUGUGUUACAGGCAUAAAUACACAUUUCCUCCUCAUUUGGAUCAUAUAGAUGAUGCUCUAUGACUGUACUUGAAUAUGACAACCAUUUGUUGCUCCUAACCUUCUCUCUCAUGAUGUUUAAAUGUCAACAUAGCUGAUCUCACUGCACAGUUAUUGACUGCUGCUGAGAUAUGAUUAAAUUUCAUAGUUGUUCAAUUGUCCGACUAUAAAAGAAAGAUCUUUAACAAGAAAUAGAACCCCAAGUCACAGACAUGCUGAUUUGCACAGGAUUGAUCUGUGUUUGGCAAAAUAUGGUAGGUAAUAUGAGGUGGAAUUUUUACUUUACAAAUUAUGGACAUGGUAGAUUUGGAUUAAAAUAAACAUUCCAGUGGAACUCUAGCUCAGCUGGCAGAGCAUGUGACCCAGGUACAGAGAUUGUGCCACUCAGUGUUCAAAUCUGACAUGUGGCCCUUUUCUGCAUGCCAUCCCCAUGUAAUUUAAUUAAUGAAUCAAAGUGUAUGGCCUAAACCUGCUUAAUUUGCAAAGUGUCAUGAAAUAACUUUUGGUGUGAAGUGGCACUAUCCAAAUAAGAUUGACUGACAAUUGAUUGUUCCCCCUUUUCCCCAUUUCCUGUCCCUCUUAGCCUGUGCCAUCAAUAAAGCCAAACAAAUCAAAUCUAAGACAUCCUCCUAAACUAUUACAAAAUAUUAGGUACCCAGGUAAUACCGGUCCUGUGUACAUAGGACAUGAGUCUCAAAUGGGACACAGCUAGCAUCAGCUAAAUCAUCAAAUGAGAUAGAAGAGAGUUUCAACUAUGCUAGAAACAUUAUGUAAACUGCCUGAAUAGAGGAGGUACAGCACCAAACCUAUGUCACACCAUCAAUGUGGGAAUAUGGUCUUUUUUCAUGUCUGUGUCUUUUGCCUUGUUAAAAUGUUUUUACAUUGGUCCUUUUAGAAUCUCUAAGUUAACGCAUGGGACACUGAGGCUCUGCAUGUUACCACAUGUUUCUGUGGAAUCACAUCAGUAUGUAACAUUCAGAUCACUUCAGCUUGAGUCACUCCAUCAGACAACCAUAUAUGUCAUCGCCAUGUCUGUCAUAUCACAGGAGGAGCAGCUAGGAUCCCAAUAAAGAACUAUAAAUUAUCAGAUAUUGUGAGAUAAUAACACAAGUGUAUUCAGCCUUUCAACUCUCAGGUUGGUUGUAGAGAAUGGUGUGUGUUUUGUUGGAGCAGACCUCAGUUCAGCUCCAUGUGCUGCCAGAGACCUGAGCCUCCAUCUCAUCCUAGGAGAGAAUUUAUUUUCUACUGUCAUGUUUAUCUUUGCCUUGCACGCACAGAAUAUGUACAAAACUACAUAAAGCAAACAAAAACAAA